UCACCACUCUUCAUCGUGUCUGAUGAUUGUGGUGUCACCUGAAUUAACCUCGUCAUUUUUAUUUGUCAAAGAAGUAUUGACCGUGGUAUUGAGUGUUGUGUAUUUAAUUUUCUGUCAGCUGCGCCAUUUUUUUCUAAAACACGUUGAUUAUUGUUUACAACAUAAUCACCAGUCAUGGGAAAAGGAUUCAAUAAUUACAUGUGCAAGAAAUUCUUUCACCCAGCAUCUAGGGAUAAUUUAAAGCGAGUAUGGAUGGCCGAGCAACAGGCUGAGGCAUAUAAGAAGAAACAAGAGGAAUUACGUGUACAGUACGAGAAGGAACAGGAUCUUCACAACAACAAAGCUCUGCUGAGCAAGGAGAGUAAAGACAAAUUGAGCGUAAAUUUUAUGUACGAACCUCCGCCAGGGGCAAAAAAAGAAAGAGAAAAGGAAGACAACGAGCCUGAGUAUAAAUUUGAGUGGCAACGAAAGUAUAACGCGCCGAGAGAAAGCUACUGUAAAGGAGACAGUGAGAUUAGAGAUCAACCUUUUGGUAUACAGGUUCGGAACGUUCGUUGUAUAAAAUGCCACAAGUGGGGUCACAUCAACACGGACAAAGAAUGCCCGCUGUAUAGCCAAGCGAUGAGCGUAGUAAUGGCCAAUACCCAAACUCAACCAGCAUCACCAGCUCCCGAUGCUCUGAUUCUGGUCCAGCAAAUGAGGGAUGAUGGAUUGGCACUGAAAAAAUCGGCUCUGGAUGCUCAACAACACCUCAGGGUACCGGAACACCAAGAUCUGAUGGUUUCUGAAGAUGAAGAGCAGUCUGAGGUUAAUUUUUUGAGAUCUCUUUCGAAAAAAGAGAAAAAAAAGCUGCUCAAGAAAUUGGAAAAACUUGAAAAGAAAAGCAGGAAAGAAAAGAAGAAAAAGGUGAAAAAACAUGAUGCUAAAUCUAGCAGUAGCGAUGAUAGUAGUUCAGAAAGUACAGAUGCACAUAGCGAUAGAAAGAAAAAGAAUAAGAAGGCCCGGUCCAAAAAGGAACCAGCAUUCCACUUGGACGGCAAUUUCGAAUACAAAGAUACUGAAGGAAGAAGGUAUGGUGAUAAGAAAGAAAAGCAUAGAAAAGAUAAUAAAUGUAAAGCUGAUACUAAUAAUAAAAAUAGAGAAGAAAAAGAAAACUAUAGGAAUAAAUCUAGCAAAGAACAUCAUAGUAAUGGAAGAAAGAGGAGUUAUAGUCAAUCUAAUGAAGAGCAACGUACAGAGCAACAUAGAAGAGAGAAGAAAGGAAAAUAUUAGUUACAAUUUAGAUGUACAUACCUAAAAUAUGUAAUUUAGUUGAUUCCGCUCUUUCGAUUCCUUGAGUUUGAGACGAGACUCAAACUCAGAGUAUCUUUGUUAGCUGGUUAAAAACCGACACCCAAGCUUAUGGGUGUUUUACUUAUAUAAAUAUGUAAUGUAGGUAAUAAGCAAUUGUUACUUUCAAUUCUUAUUGCAUAGUUGAAAAAAUGGUCAUUAAAUUAUGUGGAAUUAGGAAAUUAUAUCGUUAAGAAUUAAAAUUACCGUUAUAAACAUAUGCAUAUGUCACAUUCGGUUAUUACAUGCAUACAUACAUACUUAUAUGCUAGGUAUAACUAAAAAUAAAAUUGUACACAAGCGAAGGAAAACUGUGUUCUAUACGAUGUACAAAAUUUGAAAUAAAAUUCAAUUGAUAACAAUGAGAA